ACUUGCCCCCUUCAAAUCAAAUUCCACACACAACCAAAAAUCACACAUUUAUUCUAAGUUCAAGUAAAUUGUAGCUAAAAAUGGGGUCUUUUUCCCACUAUGGGUUCUCAAGUAUUCUCUUGGUUAUAGCAAUUUUGUUUAGUUUUUGCAUGGUUUCUUAUGGUGGAAAUUUCUUUCAAGAAUUUGACUUUACUUGGGGUGGCAAUAGAGCCAAGAUUUACAAUGGAGGCCAACUUUUAUCUUUGUCUUUGGAUAGGCAAUCUGGCUCUGGUUUUAAAUCCAAGAAAGAACAUCUCUUUGGGAGAAUUGAUAUGCAAAUCAAACUUGUUGCCGGAAACUCUGCUGGCACUGUCACAACAUAUUACUUAUCUUCUCAAGGACCCACUCACGAUGAAAUUGACUUUGAGUUCUUGGGAAAUGUUACUGGUGAACCUUAUAUUCUCCACACAAACAUCUAUGCCCAAGGCAAGGGAAACAAAGAGCAGCAAUUCUAUCUCUGGUUUGACCCUACCAAGAACUUCCACAGCUACUCAAUCAUUUGGAAACCCCAACAUAUUGUUUUCUUGGUGGACAACACACCCAUAAGAGUUUACAAGAAUGCUGAAUCAAUUGGUGUGCCAUUCCCAAAGAACCAGCCAAUGAGGAUUUACUCAAGCCUUUGGAAUGCUGAUGAUUGGGCCACAAGAGGAGGCCUAGUGAAAACUGAUUGGACCAAAGCCCCAUUCACAGCCUACUAUAGAAACUACAUGGCCCAAACCUUUAGUACUUCACAAUUUUCUGAUGAAAAAUGGCAAAAUCAAGAACUUGAUGCAAAUGGUAGAAGAAGACUAAGAUGGGUUCAAAAGAAUUUUAUGAUUUACAAUUAUUGCACUGAUAUUAAGAGGUUUCCUCAGGGUUCUCCUCCAGAAUGUAGAAGAUUUUGAGUGGCUAUGUAGUUUGGUUUUUGUGAAAUAUUCUUUUAUGUGUUUGUGGUUUUAUUUUGAUAAGAGUAUGGCCACCCAAAUAAAUUAAUGUAUUUUUAUGGUUUCAUUUUGUAUGUUAUAUGAAGCUAGUAGUUCUAUCUAUU